AAUGAAUUUUUAAGAAUAUUAAUAAUUUAUUUUUGAGUUUCUUUAUUUUUUUCAUUUUAAAUAUCAAAAUAAAUUCCUUUUCUAUCAUUAUUUGAUUUUGAAAAGAAAUGUAUUAUAUUACUAAUAUUAAAAUGAGCUUUGCAUUCUUAACUAAUUAAAUUUUAAUUUUUACUAAUAUAUAAUUUAAAGGUUUUACUUUAUAAAUCGUGCUUAUUAUUAUUUAUUAAUAUAUCUUGGUUAUCAUAUAAAAGUACUGGCAAAUUAAUUUUUUCCAAAAUAGAUUCAUUUGCAAAAAACUUAUAUUCGUUUCGUAAAAAAUUAUCAUCUUCUAAAAUGCAUAUAUUCUUUGGUUUUAUAUUGUUUUUGCGAAAAAUUUGAAUUAGGCUUUCUGACACUUAUGAUUAUUUUAUAUGGAUUACUAUAAUUUUAAAAUCAAAUAUUAUUUUUAAUUCUUAUUCUUUUAAUUAUAUUAAAUUAUCUACAUUCUAUGCGUAUACGUAUUAUAUAGAUUUAUAUAAAAAUUCAAAUGGAGAUGAUUAUAAAUUAUUUUUGAGUACUUAAUGAUUAGUUAAAAGUGUAUACAUAUAUGAUAUAUUUAUUUUGAAAACUAUAAAAUCUUGGA